AUGAGUUCUAUAUAUAAACAUCCGAAAGAUAAAAAAUAUUUUCAGAAAUAUUCAAAACAAUGGGAAUAUGAUGAAAAUUUAAAAGAUUGGAUAUCUCCUGAUUCUACCGGUGACGUCACUAAAGCUUUUUGUAAAUAUUGCCGCUGCACUCUUAAUGCUCAUAAGAACGAUUUAUUAAAGCAUGCUGUGUCGAAUAAGCAUAAGAAAUCUGUGGAAAUGGAUAAACAAGCGAAACUUUGUCGUCCGUUGGAAGUUAUCAAACCUCAUACUUCAAAAUCUAAGGUUGCUGAGCUUCAAAUCGCCGUAUUUAUUGCUGAGCAUACAUCAAUUAAUACCGUUGAUCACCUGACAGAUCUGCUAAAAAAAAUUGAUCCGAAAUCUGAUGUUUUUAAUAUAUAA